CGCCGCCAGUUGGUCGGCUGCUGGCCCUUUAACAGACUCGCGCCGUCCGGUUUCCACGACGACAACUUGAGACAAAACUCCCCGCUUGGGCUUCUUCCGACGUCUUCCGAACCUUCCGUGGCCUUGACCCGACCCGACUCGUCGCCGAACGGCCGUCGGGCAACCAUGUUCCGGUCACUCGGUUCCAUAGAAGGGAAGUCUUUCCUUAAAAUGGCUGUUUAGUUACUGUCGACGGAAAAUGGCUUCACCCAGGCUCCACCUGCUUCCUCCUCCCCUCCCCGUCCGGCUUCGUUUAACCGGACUUGCUAACCACUACAAAUCACUAAAGAGCCACGAAAGCAACAAAACAAUCCAGCGACGCUAAAUUUUAAUUCUAAACAACGUGGAAAGAGUUUUAUUUUUAAAAAGAAAGAAGGAAAAAAAACAAGCUCGCUGGAUGUAGCAUUGCCACCACUUCCGGUUAAACGAGUCCACUUGACAGUCACCGCUUAAGCGACCACUUUUUGAGGAAGAAAAGUGUGGAAAUCUUCAAAAAUGAGCAAAAGUCUUAAAUCCGCCAGCAUGCCUGAAGUGGAGGAACACAUUUCCACGAAAUAUGAGAUCAAGAAAAGACUUGGCAAAGGGGCGUACGGCAUCGUUUGGAAAGCGGUGGACAGGCAAACGGGCGAAAUUGUGGCUGUGAAAAAGAUUUUUGACGCCUUCAGGAAUAAGACGGAUGCUCAGCGGACCUUUCGAGAAGUCAUGUUUCUUCAGGAAUUUGGCGAUCAUCCCAAUGUGGUCAAACUCCAAAACGUCAUCCGAGCCCAAAAUGACAAAGAUAUUUAUCUCAUCUUUGAGUACAUGGAUAGCGACUUGCAUGCCGUCAUUAAAAAGGGAACGCUACUAAAAGACAUCCAUAAGCGCUACGUCAUGUACCAGCUGCUCAAAGCCGUCAAAUAUAUGCAUUCGGGGAACGUCAUCCACCGGGACCAAAAGCCUUCCAACGUUCUCGUCGACUCAGACUGCGUGGUCAAACUUUGCGACUUCGGCUUGGCUCGAUCCCUAACUCAAGACCAGGAGGAUAGCGGUAACCCGGCGCUGACGGAAUACGUAGCAACCAGGUGGUACCGCGCUCCGGAGAUCCUGCUAGGCUCCACCAGGUACACGAAAGGCGUGGACAUGUGGAGUUUGGGUUGCAUCCUGGGAGAAAUGCUGCUAGGAAAAGCAUUGUUCCCCGGCUCGUCCACCAUGAAUCAGAUUGAGAAGAUCAUGAGCGCCAUUCCGCACCCGUGUCAAGACGACGUCCGCGCCGUCAAGUCUGAAGUCGGCUCGUCGGUCAUUCAGAGGAUGUUACUGAGGCCGCAAUUGCUAGUUGAGGAUCUCCUGAAGUCGUCGGCGCCCCCCGACGCUGUGGACCUCAUGAAGCGCCUGCUAGUUUUCAACCCCGACAAGAGGUUGACGGCGGAAAAAGCCCUGCAGCAUCCUUAUGUAGCCAGGUUCCACAAUCCAAGCAAAGAACCGUCUCUCAACUACGACGUAGUACUACCACUGGACGACGACGUGCAGUUAUCUGUGGAGCAGUACCGGAAUAAACUAUACGAGAUGAUCAGAGAACGAAAAAAUCACCAAGGCUCGCUCCGACUCUUCCACCCCAAAAAAGAUGUCGUGGACAAACCCGGUGACAGCGAGAGAGGAGACGAAAAUCAGGACGAAAAAUCUGAACGUAAUCCGAACGAGACGGCGAACGCGUCGCCCCCUCCGCCCGGCAACAAGGUGGAUCAAUCUGAGAACUCUCACCUGGCGAAAUGCACUUAUAACCCAAUCACGCACGCUCCUAAUGGUUUUGUUCACGCAACCGGCACCAGAUCGGCAAUACAGACAAGCAGUAGUGGCAGCAUAUCGCCAACAGAGGGCGGCGGACAAAACACAUCCAUGGACCAGAUAAUCCAGCGCGGUCGUUCCGCGCCGCCGCACCCCAAACGCGCCUUCUCCCUGUCGCUAAACCAAACUCAGAACAACCCCUUGGUACGCAAGCCCCACUCACCGCCAGGAUUGAGCGUCGCUACCGCAAACCAGGAGCAGUGCUCCAGCUCUCAGGCACGCGACGCUCGUCCGGCGCCAAGAUUCAGCAAGAAGGUCUUCCAGAACAACUGCAAUGUGUCGGCGGCGGGCGACCCUCGCGCUAAGCUAGGCAGCUACUGCCAAGCGUACGGAACUAUUAGCAAGUCGCAACUGGACGACCUGCUUCAGACCAACCAGUAGCUCAUCCCGCGACAUACGGGAACUCGUUACAUGAAAAUAUUCUGAUCAGGUUGUCUCUUUAGAGGGGGGUUUGCAACAAAAUGUUCCAAAAUUGCUUUGGAAGUCUCGUUUUCUGAGAAGUCAAGUUCUCGGGAUUUCACAAGAAGAGUUGUAGACAAUUUCUUGUUCAUAAGCUUUUACUAGAAGAGAAGACAAUCUCGGCCAGUGGGAAUUUUAUGAGAACAGUUUUUUAUUUAAUCUGUGAGGAGAUAAUAGCAUGUCUGCUAGCUAAUGCUAACAAGCCUCGAAAACCUAGCAGAACAUUAACGGUGUGUUGAAUAAAGGUUUUAUGAUGGUGAUUGUUUGAACCGGACAUGAUUUAGAUUUAUUUGGAGUUGACCCUUCAUAAAGCUCAUAUUUAACUAAUCGGCUGCCAUUGACGGUGCUAGACGUCCAAUUCUUUUUGACUGAGAGUGUCAUUUGCCCCCCUCCCAGUUAAAAAGAAUUGGACGUAUAGUGCCGUCAACGGCACUUGAAAGAUGAGUAUAUAAAGUCCUCCCAGUUCAACUAGAUUGGACGUCAAUUCGAACUGCCAUGAUGAAUCAACUGAUGGACAACUAAUUGAUUAACAAAAUUAAUCAAUAAUGGUUGAUGAGAUGGUUCUGAAUCCUCUUUUGAGCCUUGUAAUAAUAGUUUAUUCUUAUUUUUUUUUGUAUAUUUAUAAAAAAUAUUUUUUGAAAAAGAAAUGCUUAUACAUAAUAAAUAAAAUAGA